AUUUCAUAUAGUUUCUUUCUUUUUCUUCCAAAGCUAUAAUAUUUAAAAAAAAUUUUGGUUGAAGAUGCGAUGUCUUGAAUAUUAUAACCUCUUUGGAUUUUCUGUCUACUUGAAACCUUCGUUUCUAUUUAAGAGAUAAGUUUUGCUGAAAGUUGAUCCUAUAUUGAUUAAAAAUGGCUGAGGAAAUUAGUCCAGAAUUGAUUGAGAAGAAAAAACAGUACAGAUUAGCUAUGCGAAAUGAAUAUUUAAAGAAAUUUACGAGUCCUGAUAAACCAGAAGGACAUAUCUUUGAUCCAGCUUUCCAGCGAUUUAUGUCGAUGAAAGUAACAAAAAUUGAACACUUCAGAGAAACCCCAAUUACCAUUCUAAAGGGAAUGUUUAUGUUUGUGAUACCACUAGGAUGUAUGCUAUAUUAUUAUAAAAGUCGUAGGGACCAAAAAGAAGCUUUGUUACGUUCCGGGCAAGUCCCCUACAGCAAAAGAUUGUUCAAAUUUCAAUAAACUAUGGUUCAUUGUUGUACAAUAAAUUUUGUCUGAUAUUAUAGAGAAUUGUUUUUAGUUAUUAAAGUUACAUUAUUUAUCUUAGU